AUGUCCAACUGGUCUGUUGUAGAUAAGAGGACCUACAGUGGUAUUAGCACAGUGCCCAGCAACCGCCGGGGGUGUGGGCAGGCCGUGAAGAUCACACUGCAGUGUUUAAUGAUGGCAAAUUCCAAAGAAGCAAGACGCAGGAAGAAAGGAGAAUGCCAUCAGCCUCUGCGGAGAUCCAAGAGGAGAUGGGUCAUCACCACCUUGGAGCUGGAGGAGGAAGACCCAGGCCCCUUCCCCAAAUUUGUUGGCGAGCUGUUCAAUAAUAUGUCUGAAAAUAUGACAUUAAUGUAUUUAAUCAGUGGACCCGGUGUGGAUGAAUAUCCAGAGAUUGGUUUGUUUUCUAUAGAAGAUCACAAGAAUGGAAAAAUAUACGUUCACCGCUCUGUGGACCGAGAGACUACGCCAUCUUUUCUGGUCUCCUUCAAUGUCGCCGAUCGCUCAACAGGGAAAAUUGUGGACAAAUCCUUGCUUUUCAACAUAAGAAUCCAGGAUGUAAAUGAUCACGCACCCCAGUUUCCUCAGCAGGAAUUUAACAUCAGUGUGAAGGAGAACCAACCUGCAGGUCAACCUAUUUUUCAGAUGUCAACAGUUGAUCUGGAUCAAAAAAAUACUCCAAAUUCUCAAGUGCUUUAUUUCCUGGUUUCUCAAACGCCAUCACCAAAAAAAAGAGUUUUCCGGAUUGAUCGUCUUAGUGGAGAAAUACGGCUCUCGGGAUGUUUAGAUUAUGAGACUGCGCCUCGGUUUACACUGCUGAUCGGAGCCAGGGACUGUGGGGAGCCGUCCUUGUCAUCCACGGCCACGGUCCACAUUGACGUGAGAGAAGGCAACAAGCACCCGCCUGCAUUGACCCAGAAGAGUUAUAACAUUCAGAUCUCUGAAGGUCAAGUCGUCCAGGGCCUGCUGCAUCUCCCGGUUCAGGAUCGUGAUUCACCACUGACAUCAGCUUGGAGAGCACAGUUCAACAUAGCACGUGGCAAUGAAGAGGGAAAUUUUGACAUUCGGACCGACCCUGAGGCCAAUGAAGGGAUUUUAAAUGUUGUCAAGCCUUUGGAUUACGAAACUCACCCAGUGCGAAGCCUGGUCAUCACCGUGGAGAAUGAGGACCCGCUCUUCUCCUGUGAGGGGGGUGAGCUCCGGCAGCCCAGGGUGGCUGUGGCAAGCGCUACUGUGAGUGUGCAGGUGAUGGACGCCAAUGACCCGCCAGCCUUUCACCCUGAGAGCUUCGUGGUCAGCAAAGAAGAAGGGGCCAGGCCUGGAACCCAGCUGGGGACAUUUAAUGCUGUGGAUCCAGACAAAACAGCAAGCCGGAUAAGGUAUAAACUGGUUCAUGACCCAGCACAUUGGGUUGUCGUAGAUGAGAACUCGGGAGCUGUCACCACCACGCAGCCGAUUGACCGAGAGUCCCCUCACGUAAAUGACAGCUUUUACACAGUCAUCGUUCAUGCUGUCGACGAUGGCCUCCCACCACAGACCGGCACAGGGACCCUAAUGCUCUUCCUGUCUGACAUCAAUGACAACGCCCCAACUCUCCGGCCCCGUUCCCGCCACAUGGAGGUGUGUGAGUCUGCAAGGAACAGGUCCCUCCUUGUUGAAGCAGAGGAUCCCGACCUGGAGCCCUACUCUGCCCCGUUCACAUUUGAGUUGGACAACACCUGGGGAAAUGCAGAGGACACAUGGAAAUUGGGGACAAAUUGGGGUCGGUCAGUGGAACUUGCUAUGUUGAGAAGCCUCCCACCUGGGGACUACGCAGUGCCGCUCGUCAUUGGAGACAGACAGGGCGUCUCCCAGAAGCAGACGGUCCAUGUGAGGCUCUGCUCCUGCCUCGGUGGGGUCACCUGUGUGGAGCCCUCAGGUGUAAGAGCAGAGUCCUUCGCCUGGGUCCUGCCCGCUGCCUGUGCAGGGUUCAUGGCUCUGGCAGUGGCCCUGAUGCUUCUGCUGCGAUGCUACUUUGCUUCUGAACCCAAGAGGCCCAGAUUCUCCAUCCCCAGUGACGAAGGCCACCAGACUCUGAUCCUGUAUAACGAGGAGAGCCAGGCCAGCCCAGCCCAGACACAGUCAGACGUCACGGGUGGGAUGCCAGCUCUGCCAAUCCACACGGCCAUGGUGGGAGACAAGCUGGGUGCUAAGGAUCUCAAUGACGUGCCACCAUCAACAGUGGUUUCAUCAGACCGAGCACGCUCCACUCUGGGGACUCCGGGUCGUGGCGUCCUGUUUGAACCAAGAGAAAUGAAAACCAGAUACUCUGCUCUGGUCUGCCCAGGUGGCGUGGUGCCCAGGCGACUCUUGGCCCCAGUGGAAGGAAAGAUAGCAGAGACACUGCGGCAGAAGCUCCAUGAAAUUGACGAGCUAGAGGAGGACAGCAGCCACCUGCCCCAUGUCUACCUGGCAGAGGGAGCGAGUGAAGGGGCCCAGUCAUCGCUCAGCUCUCUGUUCUCGGAACCGGAGCUGCGUCCCGACCUGCUGAAUGGUUUGAGCCCAAAGGCCACUCUUCUGGCACAGCUGUACUCUGAGUGCUCGUCCCCUAGAAAUGCACAUUCUGGAGAAUUAAAGCCAUCCAUGUAGGGGAGUCACUAGCCACUAUUCAGAGCU